CCCAACACAAAGUCAAAUACUCACCCCUGCUACAUUUCUCCUGAUCUAUCUGGCUUCGAAUUCUAAAACUCAUCUCCAAUGGCGAAAAGGCUAGAGGGUAAGGUCGCCGUCGUCACCGGCGGCGCCAGCGGCAUCGGCGAAUGCACGGCGAGGCUAUUCGUGCAGCACGGCGCAAAGGUCAUAAUCGCCGACGUACAAGACGAACUCGGCCAAGCAGCCUGCCGAAGCAUAGGCCCACCGGAGGUCAUCUCCUACGUCCACUGCGACGUCGCCGACGAAGCCCAAGUCGAAAACGCCGUCGACGCAGCCGUCUCGAGGUUCGGAAAGCUCGACGUAAUGUUCGCCAACGCCGGCGUCCCAGGGAACAACGACCCCCAAAUCCUCGCCACCGAUUACCAGGACUUCCGGCGGGUUUUCGACGUCAACGUCUUCGGCGCAUUCCUCUGCGCCAAACACGCCGCCAGAGUGAUGACGGCGCGGAGGAGAGGGAGCAUUAUUUUCACGUCCAGCGUCGGAUCGGUGACUUACGGCGACGUACCUCACGCUUAUAUAGCGUCGAAGCAGGCGGUUGUGGGGCUGACGAAGAAUCUGUGCAUCGAAAUGGGGAAGUAUGGGAUCAGGGCAAAUUGCGUUUCUCCGUUCGGCGUGGCGACGCCGAUGCUGGUGAAGGCUCUUAGGGUCGACGGCAAGGAGAAGGCUGAGGAGUUUGUUUCGCAGAUUGCGAAUCUGAAAGGGGAGAAGGUGGAGGAGAAUGAUGUGGCUGAGGCUGUGGUGUUCUUGGCUAGUGAUGAAUCGAAGUAUGUCAGCGGGCAGAAUUUGGUCAUCGAUGGAGGUUAUAGCCUCACCAACGUAGCUCUUCGAGAAGAGAUCAAGAAACUCGCCUCUUUGGAUUGAGAACUACGAGGGUCUCUUUCAUCUUUGUUUGUUUGUUUGUAAUGACAGAGACAUUAAUGUCAUGUUAUGUUGUGUUGUGUUUCUUCCUCGUUCAGUUCUGUGAUUUCCAGUGGAAAUGAAUACAAAUAAACAGUUGGGCUACGGAGAGAAUUUGAAAACGUUUAUGGGCUGAAUUGCAAUUAUGAAGCCCAAGCUGAUACGUGUGUAAUAAUGGUUGUUGGAUGAACGCCAGGCCCAAAUCUAAGCCCUAGCUAGGAGGAUUCGGGAUUGAUUCCUUCCGCUGCCGCCGCCGCCGCAGUUGCCGGGAAUGGGUUGUGUUUGGACGAAGACGGUGAAGAAAUCUUUCCGUCAGGUAAUAGAGAAGCACUAAUCGAAGAUGACUUUUGACUUCCACACCACCAAGAAGAUCCUGGAAGAGGUUGCGCAACUAGAUAGCUGGUUUUUCGACUCAUUGAUGAAGCGAAUUUAGAAGAAGCCAGUCAAUGGCAUCUCGCUGAAGAUGCAGGAGAAGGAGCGCGAGCGCCGCAUGGAUUUCGUGCCCGAUGAAUCGGCCAUCAAGGUUGACCAGGAGAUAGUCAUUAAGGAUCAGCGAGGAAUUUGCUCAGAGAGGACCAGGGUCCAGUUGGCAUUGCGCCGCCUAUGAACUAAGGCCACGGUGGUGGCCGGCGAUACUGAGGUAUGGGAUUUUUCAGGUUAGACGAUUCGCUGGAUGCUGUUUUAUUAUAGAUUGUUGCUUCUUGUGAUGAACAUUUUCUAUGCAAAAUUCUAUUCGUUCUGCAAUACCUCUGAAAUUUAAGACAAUUGGAGGUUGAAUAACUUUACACAAUUUUUGUUGUUAAACCCAAAUCUUGUUCUGAUUGCCUAUUGCUAAUAAUUGAGUCCUCAGGUAUUAUAUGUCUCUCAUUAUCUUGUCAUCCUCGUG